UUCGAACAAAACAUAUUCGGUGUGCGACCGACCGAGGACAUUUUGCGUGCGGUGUCGGACUUUAUCUUCAACAACAUUGGCGGGCGCACAAACAUCGAAAUUGAGGGCAAGCUGGGCCUGCUGGUGGACAAAAAGUCGGGUAUGCGCAUAAACCUGCCAGUUUUGACCGAAACGGUCAUUAAGGAGGAUAAAAACAUUCGUUUCGAGGCCGAUAUGAAGCUGCAGCAGCACGCGCAUUUCAACAAGCUACUGAACCAGCGUGUCGACGAGACGCGGCGCGCAGACUUCCGCGGGACGCGGGUGGCCUACAAGCACACAAAGGAGGUGGAUCACUUUUACCGGGUGGAUGGCACGCGGGUGCGGGUGACGACGAACAAGGAGACCGGCCAGGUCAUAGGCGUCAUCACCAAGAAUCGCAUUGCUAGCCUCGACAUCUACUCGCCACGGACCAAGCUUGACAUUCGCAUCUCGAUCAACGAGGAGCAGCCACUGAGCAGACCCGACACUGAGGACCUGAAGGCGCAGGCCGAGCGGCACAAGGACCGGCUGUCGUACAAACAGGACAUCUGGAGCUUCGAUCUGACCCAGGUGACAACUCCGGAGCAUGAGAAGGGGCCAGUCAAUCCGUAUGCGGUCGGGCCACCCAAGACCACUCCUGCGACAGUCACCCACGAGCUCGAGGUCGAGAUCUCGAGGCCAGAGCUGAUGAUGGCUGAGCGCGCAAAGUGCGCCGAGCACAAGCCGAACAUGUUUGUGGAGCUGACGCACAUCUUCCUGGGUAACCUGCGCGGGCUGGCCAAGCGAGCUAUCUAG